AUGGUUUUUAACAGAUAUGGUCGGUUUGUAUUUUCAGAACGAGAAAGCAUUAUAACCCUAGCACAAAAAUGUGGUGCGCAAGUUAUUUUCAAAGAAGAAAUACUAGAAGGAUAUCAACUUUACAUAGUCGAGCAAUGGGCUUGUGAUCGAAGACCGUAUAAUACAGUUACGGUUUUUACAGGUGAACCUACUCAUAAGAUUAAAGUAUGUGUUAUAUUAAUCGAAGAAGAAAGAUUUCAACCAUAUCCUGAAAAAUAUCCCGAAAAACUUGAAAUUUUGUUUUCGGAUUUGGAAGAAGACAAAACUCGGUUAAAAGAUACAACGUUAGGAACAAUAUUUGUGACAAAUUUAAGCUCAUUUCCUUCAUCAUUAAGUACUAUUUUGGUGACUGAGGGUGAUUAUAACGUAUAUUAUCCACAAUUCCGUCUCAAUUUAAAUUUGCGUAGAAUUAGUUGCAGCGGUAAAACUGCCUUGUCUUUAAAACCUCCAACUGAAUUACAAAAACAAAAAUUCUUUCAACUAUAUUCUGUACCAGAGAAAAUACCACUUGAAUUCGCCGUGAUUCAACUAGUUAAAUAUGUUCAAACAACUUUAUACUUGAUUUUUGGUUUUCCACAACAUUUUGUUGAUGGGUUAUUAUGCAAUUUUACCGAAUCUUGUCUCAGAGAGUUUAAAAAUGAACAUGCUUCUAAUUUCGAGAAUCUAGAUAAUAUCUUUGAUCCGAAUCUGGUUGCUAUGAUUUUUAAAAUGGUUUUAAGCAUUCGAAAUAAACUUCAUUACUUAAAUUAUCAGGUUGGAAAAGAUCCAUUCAUAGAUACUGAAACAUUUAUAAAUGGUGUUAUUUCUUUUCAGAAAUCGACAAAAAGAGAUUCAAUAUCUCAUAAGUUAGAUUCCGAAAUUGUUAAUAAAAUUAAUGAAACUUAUAAUCGUUCAAGAUACCCAGAUGGAUUAAAAAUGCGCAAGAGAUCGAAAUCUUUUACAAAUGCUGAAUUGGCUCGAAAGCAAGGUGCUUGUUCAUUAUAUAGUCGAACAUUUGAGAUUGACAUUCAAACAUAUAUGGUCUAUAAAAAUCUUAAAGGACGGGAGGCAACAUUAGAAGAUUUAAUAAAAAAUUUAAAAUCAACCGCUAAAAAAUAUGAUGACCAAAUUGAGCAAUUAUCAAAUGCUUAUGAAGAAAGAUAUCAAAAAUUCAAGUCAACGGAAGAAUUUAGUUUAAAAAUAUUAUCUAAACAAAAAAAAGUAACCGAAUCAGUAAAACAAAUUUAUAGUGAUGCAACUGCUAGAGGAAAACUAAAUUAUGAAUUGAUUUUAUUAGAAGAUAAAUUAAAAGAAAUUGAUGAAUUUAUUGAACAAUUUUGUUUUAAGGUUCAAGUCAUGGAAUCUAAAUUACCACAUUCUUCAAGAUCAGUAAAGGCUUUAUUUAAUGUUUGGAACUAUCUUCAAGAUCAAUGGAAUACAAUUACUUCACGUUUAUAUAAUAGAAAAUCGGAUGAAGAUAAAGAAUAA